CAGUUUACGCGCGUUCUAGCAUGGAUAACGGCAGAAAGUGUAAUGUUUUCGCGCAUUUGCGUCUUUUCUGCGGUUAUUCGUGUGUAAAUAGUGUCCUGCGAGUUUAGAGGUUUAGACGGCCUCAAUAUGUCCGUGUCUGUCAAGUGCAGCCCGUCUCCUCCGGAUGGAGCAAAACCAGAGAGCCGCAGGACGAAGAGAUCGACUACUGCUGUCAAUAACAUGGCCACAGAGCUUCCUCGUGUGAGGGAGAGGACACCUAUAAAAGACGGAAGCAGCCUGCAAGUGCGUGACGAUUUAAUCCCAGACGAGCUUCUCGCAACUUUAACGUCCACCACAUGUCCUCAAGACAGACUCGGACCCCUCAGAUUAACCAAAACUCCUAAGGACUUCAAGGUGUGUUUCAUGCACCGCCCUGAUGCAGUGUGGCACCAUCCCACUAGACGCAAGAAAUACCAAUACUUUCUCAACCAGCCAACCUCUCUGACUGGAGCUGGAAGAGACAUAUCCUUUCUCUGUGAUGCUCUGGUGUCUCAGAGGGACCAAGUGUCUCUCCCACAAAUGGCUGAAAGAAGCUCCCCUCAGCUUCAAGGAGAUCACAAUGAUUGGAGUUCACUGGAAACUUUAAUCCCAGAAGAAUAUCACAUCAUAAAAAACAAAGGCCUUGAGGGACUGCAGUGCUAUGAAGACAAAUUCACAGUUCUCCUAGAAGAUGACAAGAAGAAGCUAAGAGUCUUUCCAUCAUUGAAACCAAGCGGUCGUCUUGAGGUGAUUCAGUUAAUGCAGGUGAUGGACAAAAUGUUGGUAAAAGCAGGUGUCAAUCAAGAGUUUCAAGAGCUAACCGAACUCUCGCAGAUUGAAAAUUUACUGGAGCUGGUUCGAAUUGAGCAGAACAUCUACAACAUAGUAUUCCACGAGCUAAUCCGCCAGGUCAGCGUUGAAUGUGCCGAGAGGGGUCAGCUCCUUGCCAAGCUCAGGCAGAGGUAUGUGUCUCUAAUUGACCGCAUCCCACGGCAGGUGAAGGGUCUGCACACAGAAACCUUAGCGCAGAAGGCUCUAGACCGCCGGCUCACUGAAAACAUCAUUCACUUCAAAAGCUCCAUUGCAAAGCUCAAUAUGGACCUGAGUUCUUUGAAACAACAUGAUGAGAGUGUGUCCAAAGAGGCAGAGGAAACCAAAGAGGAGCUUGCUAAAGCCCUGGAGGAGUCACAACGCAAUGCAAAUAUUGUGGCAGAAUACCAUGAGCUUUAUGAGCUGCAGAGGAGAAGACUUGAAGGACAGAUGUCCCAGCUAUAUGAUGAAGGAGACCUCUGGAGAAAAGCCACCUACAGUCUUGCAGUCAAGAUAGUAAAGAUAAAUAAACUUUAUCUGGUCAGACGGCUAAAUAUUAGUGAGCAGACCUGGGCCAAUACUGCAGAUCGUUUCACUGGUUUCCUAACAACGAAGGACUCGGAGGAUGUAUCCCAUAUCAUGGAAUUGACUGACCGAUGGAAAGAUAAACUGACCAACUUCAUGAAGAAUCUCAGAAAGGCUGAAAGCAACCAACGCGAGACCAUCAAAUCUGUCAAUGCUAAUUUUGUCAAGUGGCACAAAUUUUAUGAAGACAAAUCAAGGAACCCUAAUAUGAAAGUUGACGAGCUGUCUGAAGACCUGAAGCAAUGGUCAAAGGUGUUGAUGCAGCAGUGUGAGCGUUAUGGAGGGGAGGACCUAGUGUCUGGUCAGGAAACACUUGAAAUGUUAACUAGCCUACAAGAGUCCUGGGUUGAGGUUUGCCUCCAGCUCUUUAGGAGACACCCUGGUCUAGAUGGAGUGCCACCUAAAGGCCAGGAGGCCAUGAGGGAGCUGGCAAAGACCAUCACUGAGCUCCAGAAUCAACUGGGAAUCCGUAUCAAUGGAGAAAGUGGUAUUCACGCAACGCUAAUGUUGCUUAUUGAAACUAUGGAGUUCUGGUCGAGAAGAUUAAAGGCCUUGAGUGCACUUCCAGAGGAGCAGUCUUCGGGUGAUUCGCUUAUGUUGGAAGAAGCUCUUGGCAAGAUGAUGAAUAUGUCUGAUGAGGCUCUUCUGCUAGUGGACAGCACACAGUUAGAACGUGACAGGGCUAAAAAGAAACCCCACACCAAGAUUGAAUUGGAUGAUGUCUUCAAGACAAUGAAGGAAUUCCUGUUCUCUCAAGAAAACUUUUUCCACUGUGAAAAUAUGAGGCUUCGUGACGAGGUAGCUUCACUUCACACAAAGCUGAUUCGCUGGAUGGUGGACCUUCUGCUACUAAUGGUGCCAGUCCAUUAUGAUCAGGAACCGUAUCUUCCAAUGCCCGAAUUGAACGUCAUUGUGGACGUGUCUGUUGAGAAGCUAGAGGAGGAUGCUAGGAACCUCUCUGGGAAGCUUGACUACUUUUCUAAGUAUAUCACAAGCUCUUGUCAGGCUGUUGUGGAGGAGGUGAUCCGGAAGAAAACAACUGACACAGAGAAUGAGUUGUAUCAACUAGCCAAACUUCAGAAAGAGUGUGGUGAGUGGGUGGAGACCUGCCGGAUACUACUGUCAGAUGUGAAGGGAAACAUGGUAGAACUGCAGUUGUCUGGAAAAACUGUAACACAGCCUGUCGAGCAACAACCAGAGGAACUUACCGAAGAAGAAGAGGAACCAGCCAUGAAAGAUUCCAUUGGGUCUUAUUCUUUCCAAAGAGCUGAUGAAUAUGAGGAUGAAGCAGCCAGCAGACAUGACAAAGAUGGCUCAGUCAUCAAGCUAGUUGGUUAUGAUGGCAAUAUCACUGAGAAGAACUUAGGAGAGUACACCGUCCAACUUAGAGGGACUGAAGAACUUGUGCUGUCUCCUCACACUGAAAAUGCCCGGGAUGCCUUCAAUGCAUUAGAAACAGUGAGAGCUCUUCAACAAGAGCUUCUAGAGGUUGAAACACGGGCUAUAAGUGCGGAGGAACGAGCGUUAAAGGCAGAGGAAGACCUACAGGCAGCUCUGGACAAGAUACAAGAUCUGGAGAGGCAGUUACAGGCUCGUCCCAGUGUGGAGACCAAGUUGAGCAAGAAGAAGGUUCCACCAGCACCCAAGACCCCCAGCACCCCUGUUGCAACUUCUGAAGCUCAGAAGACAAGAAGUCCGAAAUCUGAAGCCAGCUCGAAACUGUCCAGAGACAAGAAACACUAAAUGCGAAUAAAAAAACGUACUAGAGCUCAUGUGGGGCAAAGUAAUAAAGUAUUUAAUAGACA